AGGGGAGCAAUGAUCUUACUUCCUGUUGCUCUGGUACCUUCCCCAUGAAGAACAGGUAAUCUGGGUCCCUUGGGAACCCAGGUGCCCAGCCUCCCCAUCUCGUGACAUCAGGAUCCAGCUACCUUCCCCUUUAUCCUCCCCCGGGACCCAGGUCCAGGAGUCGGGCCUCAGAUCCCCCUGGGUCUGGCCAGUGACCAUUGGCCCUUGUGCCUGGAGGAUGCACCAGCCUGAGGAGGCAGGAGAUGGACAUCCCCUGGAGGGGGAGAGGCUCCCCGAGCUGAAACUCCGGUUGAUGAGGACUCAGGGUUUGUGGCAGAUCCCACACCUGGAUGCUCGGAGUUCUUUAGACAUCCUGGCCCUUCGGGCCCCAGGGAGCUUCCUGGUCACCGGCUUUGGCCUAAGCCUGGCCCUGACCAUGAAUACAGCUCCCCACCCAGAGGCCGUGGGAACCUUCAGGAUCCUGGAGAGCCCUGCAGGAGUGUCCCUUCAGGGCUCCCAGCUCAGCUUCCCAGAUCUGCCUGGACUCCUGGCCUUCCUUUCCACCAGCAGGGACAUCCUGCCCCAGCCCCUGCUCCUGCCACUGGGAUCCCUGGGGCAUCUUACUGAACCUCUCCAGAUUGGCACGGUUCGGAUCAGCUCCACCAGGGGGGCCCUCUCCAUGGUGAAUCCCCUGUACUUGAGGGAGCAUGGUCCUUGGGGCCCCAGAGAGGAGAGCUCCCCAGAGACAGUUCAGAAGGAUACCCUUGUCCCACAACCUCUGGGCCCUCACCGGGUCUCCUGGAUAGAGGGUGCUCCCAGUCCUGAGCCCGACCCUGAGGCCUGGUCCCUCUAUAGCCUGGAGGAAGAGGGGGACAAGACGGUGGCCAACAGGCUGAGGGAGGCCGACGAGCCGGAGGAGGAGGAGCAGGAGCCUGGGGAUAGGGUGUACCACAGAGUGCAGGCUCUGGCCCAGGCCCGGGGAGGCUUUGUGGUCAAGCAGAAUCGGGCCCUCCAGGCCAGGCUCAGGGAAGCCCAGGGAGGUGCCCGCAGGCCAGAGGCAGCAGACCCGGCCACUGAGCUGCUGCAGGACAUUCGUCAUCUCCUUACUGACCUCAAGGUCCACCUGGUGAAUGACCCAGAGGUCCGGGCUGCCUACAGGACCAGGAAGGUCCCACCCACUGGCGACCAUGAGGAUCUAGAAGCUGUGGUGGAGGCAGCCGUGUGCCGGGUGGUGCUCAGGCCCCUCCAGCCGCUCCUAUGGACCAAGCUCCGGAUGCUAAGGGCCCGAGAUCUCCAGCAGCUCCAGUGGCGGCAGGAGUUGAUGCGGGGCUGGGCCCUGCAGGAGCCAAAGGCCCGGGAGAAUCCCCCAGAAGCCCCUGUCCCCGGCCCCACCAGGCGCCGCAUCCAUGCCCGCCUGGCGCGCCUGCAAGCCGCCUGUGCCCCCCAACGCAAGGUGGCUCUUCGCUGGCCAUCUGCCGGGAUGGUCUACGGGGGCCUCGCCCAGAGCGGGAGCAGGAGCCCUUGGGUGGCCGAUGACUUCUUGCCAGCCCUGACAGAGGACCUCCUGUGGAGCCCGGACAUCGAGGCCACCCAGCUGGGUGAGUUCCUGAUGGAAAUCCUGGAUCGCGAGCUGCUGGGGGAGACCGGCUACUACCUUACCACUUGGUUUGGGGCCCUUCACCACAUAGCCCACUUCCAGCCAGCAGCGUCCAGGUCUGCCCCGAAGGGCCUCAGUUACGAAGCCAGGGCCUCCAUCCGACUCUGGCAACGCCGACGGACCUCCACACCUCGGGGCCGUGCUGUGGCAGGUAACCUCUGCCUCCUGUCCAUGUAACUUGGGAAGCCUUGGGAGAGUCUGGAAGAGGACAAGUCUGGAGCUGAGAUUGGCUGCCCGACAGGGGCAGCUGCCUCUACCCACCACUGACCUGUGACCCAUGACAUUUCUUUCUUUCUUUUUUUUUCUGUGGAGCA